AUGGCAGCCAAGUCGAAGAGGCCGCGCAGGUCCCGCGCAGGCCCAGCUCAUCAACUCGCUCCACAACAGGAUCAGCGCCAACAGCCGCAUACCCAUCGCCGCAGCAUGGCUCCACUACCGCCCUCCCUCACGCGUCCGCAGAGCCCAGCAUACUCCCAUCCGUCACCAGGAUUGCUGCCAUACUCUACCGCCCCAGCGCAAUACACGCCAGACUACGGCAACGGCUACGGCCACAGCGACGGCCAGCUCGCGCAGCCUCUGCAGAGCUCGACACCGCAGUUUGUGUCUAUGGCUGAUGUCGAAUCGGGCUUCGGAAACGAUACUCGUUCCUAUUUUGGAUUUCAGGGCGCUGGGGAGUUCCAAACGCAGCAGCAGCAGCAGACUCACACUCACGCGUUCUCUGGAGGUCCUCACACAUCCCCAUUCGGCCAGCUGAGUACGCCUUUCCCUCCGACUCAGCAAGGUAUUGGCCACCCGCAAUCAGUCGCGGAAGGCUUUGACACGCGUGCGGGCGGGUAUGAGCAUUCUUCUUUCGCAUCCUACCCGCCUCAAUCAGCACCAUACCAGAGAAGCCAGCUCUCUGCACUUGCCGUUCCUUUCGAGCCUCGUCAGCACGCCGAAGCUGCUUCAUCUGAGCACUACGGUCAAGCUCAUCAUGCUCUCCAGCAACAUGGUGAUCCGAGUAACGCACACCAGUUACUUCCAGCGCCACCGCCACGUCGAUUCUCCCAGGCGUCGUGGGCCUCGUGGCCACCGCAGCAGCGCCAUCAGUUCUCACCGGGCGGCUCGGCCACCUCAGCAGCGCCGCUUCCACCUCCACUGCACUACCGAGAGAUUCGUCCCGCCUUAUCACACGUCGAGCACGACAUGAGUCCACCGCUAGACACUCAGCCGCCAACGGUGACUUCGGGUGCGAGUGCUCUUUCAGACCGCCCCAUCCACGUCCCUGUGAAGCAGCGAUAUCAUGCUGGGCGAAACGAGUAA